AUGGAGCAUACUGAGUUCAACACGCGUAUCCGACGGCCUUGGAAAAGACAUAGCGAGUCAGAGCUAUCUAAUCGCCUACGUCCACUCGACCGAUUGCCGCUCAGUAUCAAGAACCACCUCAUUGCGACGAUGAGCGAGUUUGCAGGGACCUUCAUGUUCCUCUUGUUCGCGUUCGGUGGUACUAACGCCGUAAACACGAACCUGCCGGGAACGCCAGCCGCAGAUCCAGCUAAGUUGCUGUACAUAUCUCUAUGCUUCGGUAUGAGCCUUGCCGUCAAUGCCUGGGUCUUCUUCCGCAUCAGUGGCGGUCUAUUCAACCCCGCCGUCACGAUGGGUAUGAUGCUUGUCGGUGCCGUGGAUUAUAUCCGAGGACCUUUGGUUAUAUUUAGUCAAUUUCUAGGUGGUAUUGCGGCUGCGGCUGUCAUCUCUGGUCUCACGCCCGGUCCACUCAGCGUAGGCACCAGUCUAGGUGGUGGAACGACGGCGGUUCAGGGCUUGUUCAUUGAGAUGUUUCUCACAGCCCAGCUUGUGUUCACCAUUUUUAUGCUAGCUGCCGAGAAGCAUCGCGGGACAUUUAUCGCGCCUGUCGGGAUUGGGUUGUCGUUGUUCAUUGCCGAGCUUAUGGGAGUGUACUAUACAGGUGGAAGCGUAAAUCCAGCACGUUCCUUCGGCCCCGCCGUCGUCAUAAGGUCCUUCCACGACUACCACUGGAUCUAUUGGAUUGGCCCCAUUUUAGGCUCGCUGCUUGCAUCUAGCUUCUAUAUCUUCAUCAAAGCCCUCGAGUAUGAGACCGUGAACCCGCAACAGGAUGAUACCAACGAAGCACAUACUGAACCUAAGUCCGACUUACAACACGUUGAAAACCAUGUGUGUUCGUGGGAUGAUGGGACAGUAGGAGUAGCUCGAGUUAGUACGCCUUAUAGAGGUCAGCCAAGUUUAGAAGCUGGUCGCGGUUGA